UAUAUUUAUAUAUCGAUUUGUCACUCAAUGUCACAAACAUUUGUUAUAUUUUUAUAAAUUUUAUUAACUUUUAUAAACCAAUUAUGAAUUUUAUGGCAAAUUCUUUGCAUUUAAAGUGUUUACCGAGAGUUGUCUUCCGGAGACUCGAUAUCCAAUUGAGUCGACAGUUAAGCAUAAGUUGCGAACGAAAGGCUAAACUUUGUUCCGAUGUCUUCGACGCCAUCAAAGAUAUCAAAGACGGUUCCCGAAUAUUUGUGGGCGGCUUUGGUCUCUGCGGUAUUCCCGAGAACUGCAUCUCAGCUCUGGUCAAGACUGGAGUGAAGGACUUGACGUUAGUUAGCAAUAACGCUGGCGUUGAGGACUUCGGUCUCGGAUUAUUGCUUCGGACUAAACAAGUGAAACGAAUGAUCUCUUCAUAUGUCGGCGAAAACAAAGAGUUCGCCAAACAAUACCUGUCGGGAGAGCUGGAGCUCGAGUUCGUACCGCAGGGAACACUCGCCGAACGGAUUCGGGCCAAAGCGGCCGGUAUUCCGGCCUUCUUUACGCCCACCGGAUACCAGACUUUGAUUCAUUUGGGCGGAACUCCUGUGAAAUACAAUUCUGACCAAACAGUUGCCAUUCAUAGCGCGCCUAAAGAGGAAAGGUUUUUUAACGGAAAGCCAUACGUAAUGGAAGAGGCAUUGAGUGCUGACUUUGCUUUAGUAAAGGCCUGGAAGGCUGACAGAGCCGGCAAUCUUGUGUUCCGCAAGACUGCCUCCAACUUUAACCCCGCGAUGUGCAGAGCGGCCGACUUCUCCAUUGUGGAGGUCGAGGAGAUUGUGGACAUCGGAGACAUACCUUCCGAUCAAAUACAAGUGCCGGCCAUUUAUGUCAACAACUUUUUUAAAGGAAAAGAAUUUAUUAAAAAAAUUGAGAAAAGAGUUGUGAGGAAACCCCAAACUGAAGGACAAAAACAAAACACAACUAUUGAUGAAAAGAAGUUAAAAGCGAUUCGUUUGAGAGAAGUAAUCGCAAAAAGAGCUGCCCUUGAGUUGAAGGACGAUAUGUACGUCAACUUAGGCGUCGGUAUUCCAGUUCUGGUCACUCAGUAUUGUUCCGAUAAAAUACACUUUCACAGCGAAAACGGAAUUAUUGGUAUGGGUCCGUAUCCAUUAGAACAUGAAGUGGACGCCGACCUAAUAAAUGCGGGCAAAGAAACGGUGACAGAACUGCCCGGUUCCUCAUUCUUUCCAUCAGAUGAAUCGUUUGCUAUCAUACGCGGCGGACAUUUGGACGUAACUAUGUUGGGCGCGAUGCAGGUGUCAGGAGAGGGAGAUUUGGCCAAUUGGAUGAUACCCGGGAGAAUGGGUGGAGCAAUGGAUUUGGUGUUUUCGCACAUUGCGGGCACUCGAGUGGUGGUGACGAUGGAGCACAACAGCAAGAAUGGCGAAUCCAAGAUCGUUGAGAACUGCUCUUUGCCGGUAACGGGACGUCAUUGUGUGGAUAUGAUAAUCACCGAAAAGGCUGUCUUCCAAGUGAACAACGGACUCACUCUCAUAGAAAUCGCUGACGGAAUCAGUUUAGAAGAGCUACAGAAGUGUACGGAUUGUAAAUUCAAUGUAUCGCCAGAUUUAAAGCCAAUUCAACAGAUUUGUUGAGUUUAAUUAAAAAUGUAAAAUAAUAUCAUUUUAAAUACUAAUAAUUAUAUUUAUUUGGAAUUUAUGUAAAUUCUAAUACAAAAUAAGUAUACGAAUAGAAGAGUGACUAAAGUGAUCAUCAGAUCAAUCAUUUGAUACACAAAACGUGUGCAAAAUAUUCUCCAAACCAUCAAAUCGUUUCUCAUGAAAGUCGCAAACAAUGAAACGCAAAAUAUCUUAAAA